UCUCCAUACUGACUUCUCACUUCCUGAGAGAGAGAGGAAGCGUGGUCACACAGCACAUGAUUCUGACCCCCCACUAUGUGAAGACCUGUGUCUGCAUUUUGUACCCUGUCCGAGCUGUGUGUUUCUCUCUGUGUGUGUGGAUGCCUAUGUGUAUAUGUGUGUAGGCCGAUGUGUGUGUGUGUGUGUCUCCUGUCUCCACAGUGAGCUCUUGAGGACUGACAGGCGUCUCUCUCUCCGUCUGAGAUGACAUGGCAGCAUUCCAGAUAGUGGUACCGAGCAGUAGACAGAUGGAUCAGUAUCUGUGAUUAACCUUUCCAGGACUCUACCCAUGGACAGACAGAGACAAGACUCAGCCCGCUCUAAGAGCAUGGUACUGGGCCGCUGCAGUUCUACUCUAGGCCAGGAGAUGGCGCUGAAGGCCGGCUGGCUGAAGAGACAGAGGAGCAUCAUGAGGAACUGGCAGCUACAGUGGUUCGUUCUCCAGACUGAAGCACUGUACUUCUAUAAGGACCAGGAUGAGACUAAACCUCAGGGAUGCAUCCUUCUCCAGGGCAGUCAGGUCAGUGAGCUGUCGGCCAAUCAGGAUGAAGCUGGUCGCCACCUGUUUGAGAUUGCUCCAGGAGGCAGUGGAGAGAAGGAUCGUUCAGGUCUGAGCGAGUCUUUCCUGUUGAUGGCUAAGUCGCAGAGUGACAUGGAGGAAUGGGUCAGAGCCAUACGAAGAGCUAUAUGGGCCCCGCUAGGAGGAGGUAUUUUUGGACAGCAUUUAGAGGAGACAAUGCAGUGUGAGAGUGGGUGUGGCAGCAGCAGCAAGCCUCUGGUGCCUCUGCUGGUGCAGCAGUGUGUAUGUUUUAUACACCAGAAUGGCCUCACAGAGGAGGGGCUGUUCAGAAUGCCUGGACAAACCAAUCACGUACGAGAGCUGCAGGACGCCUUUAACUGCGGGGAGAAACCACUGUUUGACAGUAACACUGAUGUCCACACGGUGGCGUCCCUGCUGAAGUUGUACCUCAGAGAGCUGCCAGAGCCUGUGGUGCCUUUCAACAAAUACACAGAGUUCCUCUCCACCGCUCAGCUACUGGCCAAGGACCAGGAGGAGGGGAUCCUUGAGCUGGGCAGGCAGGUGAAGACUCUUCCUCAGGUCAACUACAACCUCCUCAGAUACAUCUGCAGAUUCCUAGAUGAGGUCCAGUCCCACUCAAGUCAGAACAAGAUGAGUGUUCAGAACCUGGCCACUGUGUUCGGACCCAACAUCCUCCGUCCCAAGAUGGAGGACCCACAAAUCAUAAUGGAGGGUAGUUCCCAGGUGCAGCACCUGAUGUCCGUACUGAUCAGUGAACACUCUCGUCUGUACCAGGGGGAGGCAGAGACUCCCAGGGAGGACCAAUCUGCCCCUCCUCCAACUCCCUAUCCCCGGGUCCCCCCGAUUCAGCGCUGCAAGGUGGAGUGGCUCUCACAGGAGGACAUCCUGCCCCCCAACUCCGCUCAGGACUAUCCAUCCCUGGGACAGACCCUUAACACCCCAAGUCAGGAACCACUUAAACCCCUCCCGACCUCCACAGUGUCCUCUCUUGACACUGACCACCCUGGAUCAACCCCCAAGGAAAGAACAGAGGGGGAUUCUAAGGGAAAUAAUGGUGAAGGAACAGAAGAAAAGGUGGAGAGAAAGAGUGAAGGAAAGAGCGAAAGAAAGCUCUCGGGUUGUAGUGGCGCAGACCUCGGUCCCAGUAAGCAGUCCAAAAGCCAGUCUUCAUGGAGGUCCUCCUUGAAGGGCAGGUUUGGGUCAGCGGGGGUGAGGGGGAAGUUGGGGGGGUCAGCAGUUGAUGUGUCGACAGUCACCGGGGGCAACUGGCUGAUGAACGGCCUGACGUCCUUCCGCAGUCACCGACGGACCGCUUCGACCGGUGAACGACUCAAAGAGUCCUCGCUUUGCCUGAAAGAGACACAUAAAGAUUCUCUGCUAGACUCAUAUACUGACUCCUCAUUGUCGCUAAAAGACUCUUCACACUCCCAAAGAAGAACACUAAAAGACUCAUCUCCUUUACAUAUAGACUCCUCCUGUUCUACUAUAGGCUCCUCCUAUCCCAAUAUAAAGCCCUCCCUGUCUGUCAGAAACUCCCCCCAUUCCAACAGGCUCUCGACCUAUGACAACGUUAAUGUCACUCCCUGCAGUCUGAGCAUGCCCGGUGGCAGCCCCUCCCCCUGGACCUCUUGUGAGAUCCCAUUGGCUGAAUCUACAGGAAGUGAGUGCAGCACACUGAACUCUGGGUUAGGGUCAGGGCUAUGGUCAGGGCAGGCUGUGGCGGGGUCCUCGGUGGCUGGGGGCAGUAGCUCUGCUCUAGAGCUGUCUGUGAGCAGCGCUGGCUGGACUGAGGGUGACCCUGGGGAUGACAUCUCAGGUCAGAGGUCAGGGGUCAACGAGGGUCUGUUCAGCCUGGUGACAGAGUUGAAGGAGGAGCUGAGGAAACAGAGGAUCAGCUAUGAGACACGCAUACACAAAUUGGAGGAGUCGUGUUCAGGUCUUCGUCUCCAGUCUGGUCGUUUAGAAGAGGAUCUAGGCCAGGAGAAGAAGAGGUUCCGCAUGAUGGAGAUCCGACUGGGGAACUCGGAACGCGCAAGGCAAGAUGCUGAGACUCGGAAUGUUCUCCUGCAGAAAGAGAUGGAAGAGUUAUUUGCUACACUGAGAAACCUGACCACUGGCACAGAUACCAGCUAGACCUGAGCAGACAGCGUUAGCCCACCGAGCUAAAGCCUACCCACUGGGCACAAACUGUAUGACUCAAUGUUGUUUCAACAUAAUAUGUCAACGGAUAGCGACAUGGAAUUUAUGUAGAAAAUACAUUAUAUUUGAAAAAAGUAAUCAACGUCAAAUGUUGUUUUGAGGGUGAAAUUUAAACCACAGGAUUAUGUCA